AUGGCCACCGCCUUUCCGCUGCUCCACUCGCGAGCCGACUCGGAACAUGAGCUUCGUCGGCAGGUGCCUCCUACACAACCAGCCGCCCUGUCGCGCACCAACACGGCCCACUCCAAGCCCCAGACCACCUCGAUCAAGAAGUCGUCAACCACCGAGACAAUGCCCGAAGAGGGCUCCGUAACCUCGCCAGCCUCAGCAGCCCCGGGCCAUCAGCGCUUCGUGCUCACCGACUCCGUUGCCGCCCGCUACCUCGAGGACGACCCCAAGACCACCGUCCUCGCUCGCAGGCAGAAGAUCGAGGGCUACGAGAUAUAUCUGGUCGAGCAGUGGGCCUGUUCGCGAUCCCACCCCACCUUCCUCAUCACCACGUACACUGGCAACCCCUCUGAUGUUGUGCUGGCGACAAUCAUAAGCGUCCCAUCAGACGAGGCAGAAUGGUCGCCUCAGAUGCGUCUGCUCUUCAAAUCUCUGACAGAAUACCAUGCACGACCCAAGGAGACGCCCUACGGCACUCUCAUGAUUACGAACCUGAGUGGAUUUCCAUCCUCGCUGACUGUGAUUCCUAUACCAGGUGGGGACAUGAAGAAGUACCGUGACAUCUUCUUCGUCAAUGAAAAUCUCAAGCGCAUGGGAUGCUCCGGCCGUCUGGGCAUCAAGCUUGCGCCACCGAGUAGUGCAACCGAAGCAAAGUUCCACCAGCUUUACCGCACAAGCGAAAAGAUCCCUUUCAAUGCAUCCGUGAUCGAGCUUGUGAAGCUGUGCCAGGUUGCACUGGUCCUAUUUGGCAAGCUCGAGCCAGAGUACGCUGACGGGCUGCUGUGCGACUUGACCGAGAAAGCCAUCAAUGAUUGGUGGCUCGAGCACGGGGCUGAGUACUACACGGUAGAGCCUCACGAUGGCAUACUUGGUCCUACCACGGUCGCUGCUUUGCUGGGCAUGUUAAUGGGCUCGCGUAACAGGCUAAGUGCAUGCAACGCCCCAGUUUCCAAAGACGUCUUCGACAUCGAGAGCACAAAGCGGGGCAUCGCACACUUCCAGAAGUCACAGCAUCUCACAAGAACACGCCGACUAGACAGACAGACCCUCGACAAGCUGCGAAGAUGCACAGCAAAAGCUGCGAGCAAAGAGGGCUGGGCCGUACCCCGAGCCUUCAAGUCCACCGUGGCCGAGCUCGGAGGCAAAGGAGGCGAGAUGGUCAUGGGCAUGGUAGGAGCGGGUCAAAAGGAUGGCAUUGCUGAAGUCGAGACUGUCGAUAUUGAUCAAUUUGUGGAACUAGUUCGGGGAGGACACGCCAAGUGGCUGUGGCACGGCAAACCUCGCAAAUCUACGGCAGGUGACAUGUUCAAUCGUUUACCCGGAGAAGAGCGCCCAGACUCCCCAGACGAACAGGAACUUACAAAGAAGCCGCUUACCAGAGAAUCGACCAUCGACCACCAGCGACUCAUGAAGCGUGAGAACACGGCUGACAGUAGCAAAAAGGCGGAAGUAUUUUCACCAGAUGGUACAGAAAAAGACAAAGACAAAGACCCCUUUUCGAAACGCGCCGCCAUCAAAGCGAUUCCUGGAAGCGGCUUUCGACACAUCAAAGAUGCCGUUGGUCUGCGAACGCACACCAGUAAACAUUCGAGAGAUGACCAUCCUGGUCGGCAUAGCCUGCAUCGAAACAAGAGCGACCUCCGUUCACCUCAACUUGCAGACGCCAAUGGCACGCUUCCCAGGUCAGAUGGGGAUCACUCGUCCUUCGUUUCUUCCCAGCGCACACUCACAGACCCUGAGCCCGCCUUCGCCAAAGUCUUGACCGAAACGCCUCACGAGUCUGCAGCCAAUCUUACGCUGGACAAGACACUCCAACAAACAAGUGGCAAUUAUGAGCCGUCCGCAUUGAGGAAUUCUGUUGCUGAGAGCGAUGCGUCGAUUGAGGCUAUAGCCGAAGAUCCUGUCUUAGAAACCGUCUAUCACGGUGUCGAGCUCAACGAAAGGCUGCCCAUCGAGGAAGCACACGAGAUCCCACCCCUUCUCCGUCGCACACUAUCCAGCGAUCAAUUCGACUUCUACCAAGCCCCACGUCACGACGACUGGUGGCCUCGCCAACUGUCCUUCAGUGUAGCCGAAGAAAACGUCCUGCGAUGGCGCAACAUCGCCGCUCCAGACAUCGACGAAGAAGCCGUCGAAGAUGCCGACAACUCCGCAGCUCUAGGCGCCAACCUCGCUCUGCAAAACCUCCAAUCCGAACAGCUCAAACGCCUACAUCACCGCCUCGCCUUACUUUCCAACAAAGACUCAACAUGGGUAUACUCGCGCCUCACCGACCUCGCUGACCUCGAAGCCGCCGCCGACGCCGAUAUUGAAACACUCGAUGCAAUCUACUACCCGCGUCUCGACACGUACCACGACCUGCGUGAGACCGCGCACGGCAUCAUCACCAACAAUCGUAGCCAGCUCACCAUGUCGAUCCGCGAAUUAGGAGAUGUUGGCGAUAAGCUGGACUACGAGAUUGGGGCCUUGCGCGGCAAGGUCGAGGAUGUGGAGGAUGCGCUGGUGGAGUUUGAGAGGCAGGUUGAGAUGGUGGAGGGGAGGGCGGGAGAAAUGGAGAGGGUGUUGGGGAGGAGGGAGGGGUGGUGGCAUUGGUUCGGGAGAGUGGCGAUGGGGAUUGGGACUGUGUAG